CUAUUACUAAGGAGCAUAAUGAAGAAAGCAAAAGAGGUAAUAUUUGAUAAUUACACUAGAAACACUUCUAUGCCUUCGAAGAGGGUAAAUAGGAAAAAUUUGGAAGCAGAGAGAAAAAGCCUUCCUGUGUUUGCCUAUCGGAAAGACAUUAUUGAAUCAGUAAAGAAUAAUCCCACUACAAUUAUUGUUGGAGAAACAGGAAGUGGAAAAACAACUCAAAUUGCCCAAUACCUGCUAGAAUCUGGUUAUUUUAAUGAUGGUGUUAUUGGAAUUACUCAACCGCGUCGUGUGGCUGCCAUCACUGUAGCCAAGCGAGUUGCUGAAGAAAGAGGAACAGAACUUGGAGAUGGAGUUGGCUAA